AUGCCAUUAAUUGAAGACUUUGCCCUUCCCAUUGACCGCCCAAAGUGCAACACCUGGACUCGAGGUUCUAAGCUGUCGGUUUACACGAAGGACCCCAGGAAUGAGGGGGAUGGAUUGGAUAGCCAUGAGAGGACACCAUUGACGGAGCGGGGUUAUUUUCUGUCCACAGGGCCGGACGGUGCCCAGGAGACAAUGCUACUUCACGGCCCAUUUGCCCGCAAGCCCAAGCGGAUCCGCACGGCCUUCUCACCGUCUCAGCUGCUGCGUCUCGAGAGGGCCUUCGAGAAGAACCACUAUGUAGUGGGAGCCGAGAGGAAGCAGCUCGCUGGCAGCCUCAGCCUGUCCGAGACACAGGUGAAGGUGUGGUUUCAGAACAGGAGAACCAAGUACAAGCGGCAGAAGUUGGAGGAGGAGGGUCCCGACUCGCAGCAGAAGAAGAAAGGUUCACAUCACGUCAACCGCUGGAGACUGGCCACCAAGCAGUCCAGCCCCGAGGACAUUGAUGUCACCUCGGAAGACUAGCCCGGUGGCUCUGGGGCCGGGGAACGAGACGGGUCCCAGCAGAUCCAAACUGAAGCGUGGACAAUUUUCCCCACCAACGUACAGGGGGGGGGGGGGGGGGGGGGCAACCGGGAAGCGACGGGCCGAGUGGCCCACUCCGGCACCUAGUGUCUACAAACCGACACGUUGACAAUCGCCUGACAGUCCCACAACGGAGACUGGAUCCGACAACCAACCUAGUGGAGUGUGUGGAUGGGAGAGUGUAUCAUCCAUCCGCAGUGUACAUAUAUAUAUAUAAAUAUAUAUUAUAUUAAAAGCUAUCCGGAACAAAA